AUGAACAACAACCCCGAACCCCCUGACCGAGGCCGCCCGGCGCCGCCCUGGGGAGACCCGAGGCGAACAGGGGAACUCCAGGGCGACGUGGAGGAGAGGACAGCAACCAGGGGAUGGAAGCGCCCGUCGGAGUCUGGCCCCAAGAGGCUCAGAGAGACGGCACUAGACACACAACACCCACAUCUCCGUAUCCUACACCACAGUCAAGAGCAGUGCCUCUUAGGCACGCCCAGCAAACGCCAACGGUGCGGAUCACUUCCGACGGAGCACGAGUGGCCGGGGGUGCAGCAGGAGCUGCAGGCGGGGGGGCAGAAGGAGCUGCAGGCGGGGGCGCAGCAGGAGCUGCAGGCGGGGGGGCAGCAGGAGCUGCAGGCGGGGGGGCAGCAGGAGCUGCAGGCGGGGGGGCAGCAGGAGCUGCAGGCGGGGGGGCAGCAGGAGCUGCAGGCGGGGGGACAGCAGGAGCUGCAGGUGGGGGGGCAGCAGGAGCCGGCCGGAGGGCGGCAGGCGCAUGAGGCGAUGGAGGUGGAGCAGGGGGCCGGGGAGCAGCAGGAGUUGCGUGCUGGGGGGCAGCAGAAGCUGCAGGCGGGGGGACGGCAGGAGCUGCAGUCGCGGGGACAGCAGGAGCUGCAAGAGGAGGGUCAGCAGGAGCUGCAAGCAGGGGGGCAGCAGGAGCUGCAGGCGGGGGGGCAGCAAGAGCUGCAUGAGCUGGAGGUGGAGAUGGAGGAGCCACAAGAGGAGGCGCGAGGGGAGCUGCCGGUAGGCGUGCAGGAGGGGAGUCAAAUUGGGAAUCAACCCCAGUCGCAGGAAGGGCGGCGGCAAGGGUGUCAUGAGGCGAACCAGCCCUUGACUGGAAGCGUACAACAGGGGUUGCCGAUGGGGGAGUCGCAGGAGUUGCAGGUGCAGGAUCAGCAGGGGGUCACUAGCCCGGGCGGCACGGGCCAAGCGGAAAGGCCGCGGGCGCGGCGCCGAAGGGGGCGACGACAGGGAGGGCAGAGGGCCGGGGGCCAGCCAGGGGUGACCGGAGCAUCCGAGGGAGUGAUACAGCCAGGGGGGCAGCCGGGGGUGACCGGAGCACCCCUGGGAGCGCUACAGCCAGGGGGGCAGCCAGGGGUGACAGGAGCACCCCACGGAGCGCUACAGCCAGGGGGGCAGCUGGGGGCGAUUGGAGCACCCCAGAGAGAGCAGCAGCCAGGGGGGCAGCCGAGGGUGACCGGAGCACCCCGGGGAGUGCUACAGCCAGGGGGGCAGCCGGGGGUGACAGGAGCACCCCACGGAGCGCUACAGCCAGGGGGGCAGCUGGGGGCGAUUGGAGCACCCCAGAGAGAGCAGCAGCCAGGGGGGCAGCCGGGGGUGACCGGAGCACCCCGGGGAGUGCUACAGCCAGGGGGGCAGCCGGGGGUGACUAGAGCACCCCUGGGAGUGCUACAGCCAGGGGGGCAGCCGGGGGUGACCGGAUCACCCCUGGGAGUGCUACAGCCAGGGGGGCAGCCGGGGGUGACAGGAGUACCCCACGGAGCGCUACAGCCAGGGGAGCAGCUGGGGGCGAUUGGAGCACGCCAGAGAGAGCAGCAGCCAAGGGGGCAGCCGGGGGUGACCGGAGCACCCCGGGGAGUGCUACAGCCAGGGGGACAGCCGGGGGUGACCGGAGCACCCCAGGGAGCGCUACAGCCAGGGGAGCAGCUGGGGGUGACCGGAGCACCCCUGGGAGUGCUACAGCCAGGGGGGCAGCCGGGGGUGACCGGAGCACCCCAGGGAGCGCUACAGCUAGGGGAGCAGCUGGGGGUGACCGGAGCACCCCUGGGAGUGCUACAGCCAGGGGGGCAGCCGGGGGUGACCGGAGCACCGCAGGGAGCGCUACAGCCAGGGGAGCAGCUGGGGGUGACCGGAGCACCCUUGGGAGUGCUACAGCCAGGGGGGCAGCCGGGGGUGACCGGAGCACCCCACGGAGCGCUACAGCCAGGGGAGCAGCUGGGGGUGACCGGAGCACCCCUGGGAGUGCUACAGCCAGGGGGGCAGCCGGGGGUGACAGGAGCACCCCAGGGAGCGCUACAGCUAGGGGAGCAGCUGGGGGUGACCGGAGCACCCCUGGGAGUGCUACAGCCAGGGGGGCAGCCGGGGGUGACAGGAGCACAUCAGGGAGCGCCUUGGCCAGGGGAGCAGCUGGGGGCGAUUGGAGCACCCCAGAGAGAGCAGCAGCCAGAGGGGCAGCCGGGGGUGACCGGAGCACCCCUGGGAGCUCUACAGCCAGGGGGGGAGCCGGGGGUGUCCGGAGCACCCCAGGGAGCGCUACAGCUAGGGGAGCAGCUGGGGGUGACCGGAGCACCCCUGGGAGUGCUACAGCCAGGGGGGCAGCCGGGGGUGACCGGAGCACUGCAGGGAGCGCUACAGCCAGGGGAGCAGCUGGGGGGAGCGCUACAGCCAGGGGAGCAGCUGGGGGUGACCGGAGCACCCCUGGGAGUGCUACAGCCAGGGGGGCAGCCGGGGGUGACAGGAGCACACCAGGGAGCGCUACAGCCAAGGGAGCAGCUGGGGGCGAUUGGAGCACCCCAGAGAGAGCAGCAGCCAGGGGGGCAGCCGGGGGUGACUGGAGCACCCCUGGGAGUGCAACAGCCAGGGGGGCAGCCGGGGGUGACCGGAGCACCCCUGGGAGUGCUACAGCCAGGGGGGCAGCCGGGGGCGACCGGAGCACCCCAGGGAGCGCUACAGCUAGGGGAGCAGCUGGGGGUGACAGGAGCACCCCUGGGAAUGCUACAGCCAGGGGGGCAGCCGGGGGUGACUGGAGCACCCCGGGGAGUGCUACAGCCAGGGGGGCAGCCGGGGGUGACAGGAGCACAUCAGGAAGCGCUACAGCCAGGGGAGCAGCUGGGGGCGAUUGGAGCACCCCAGAGAGAGCAGCAGCCAGGGGGGCAGCCGGGGGUGACCGGAGCACCCCUGGGAGUGCUACAGCCAGGGGGGCGGCCGGGGGUGACCGGAGCACCCCGGGGAGUGCUACGGCCAGGGGGGCAGCCGGGGGUGACUGGAGCACCCCUGGGAGUGCUACAGCCAGGGGGGCAGCCGGGGGUGACCGGAGCACCCCUGGGAGUGCUACAGCCAGGGGGGCAGCCGGGGGUGAUUGGAGCACCCCUGGGAGUGCUACAGCCAUGGGGGCAGCCGGGGGUGACAGGAGCACACCAGGGAGCGCUACAGCCAAGGGAGCAGCUGGGGGCGAUCGGAGCACCCCAGAGAGAGCAGCAGCCAGGGGGGCAGCUGGGGGUGACUGGAGCACCCCUGGGAGUGCAACAGCCAGGGGGGCAGCCGGGGGUGACCGGAGCACCCCUGGGAGUGCUACAGCCAGGGGGGCAGCCGUGGGUGACCGGAGCACCCCAGGGAGCGCUACAGCUAGGGGAGCAGCUGGGGGCGACAGGAGCACCCCUGGGAAUGCUACAGCCAGGGGGGCAGCCGGUGGUGAUCGGAGCACCCCAGAGAACACGGCAGCCUGGGGGGCAGCCGGGAGCGACCGGAGCACCCCAGAGAACACAGCAGCCUGGGGGGCGGCCGGGAGUGACCGGAGCACCCGAGGGAGAGCAGCAGCCAGGGGGGCAGCCGGGGGUGACCAAAGCACCCCACGGAGUGCUACAGCCAGGGGGGCAGCCGGGGGUGACCGGAGCACCCCAGGGAGUGUUACAGCCAGGGGGGCAGCCGGGGGUGACCGGAGCACCCCUGGGAGUGCUACAGCCAGGGGAGCAGCUGGGGGUGACCGGAGCACCCCUGGGAGUGCUACAGGCAGGGGGGCAGCCGGGGGUGACCGGAGCACCCCAAGGAGUGCUACAGCCAGGGGGGCAGCCGGGGGUGACCGGAGCACCCCUGGGAGUGCUACAGCCAGGGGGGCAGUCGGGGGUGACAGGAGCACCCCAGGGAGCGCUACAGCCAGGGGAGCAACUGGGGGCGAUUGGAGCACCCCAGAGAGAGCAGCAGCCAGGGGGGCAGCCGGGGGUGACCGGAGCACCCGUGGGAGUGCUACAGACAGGGGGGCAGACGGGGGUGACUGGAGAACCCCAGGGAGUGCUACAGCCAGGGGGGCAGCCGGGGGCGACCGGAGCACCCCUGGGAGUGCUACAGCCAGGGGGGCAGCCGGGGGUGACCGGAGCACCCCAGAUAGAGCAGCAGCCAGGGGGGCAGUCAUUGGACGACCGGGAGCAGCAGUUGGAGGAGUGGUGCCGACUUUUGGAGUUUGAUACCCCCAUGGCGACUGCGGAGGAGUCAGAGGCGGACAAAGAACCUCCCAUGCAGCCUUCCCCAUGCCCUCGUUUUCCGUGUGACACGUGUUUUCACACGUUCGCUACGCGAGGGGCUGCUGCGAGCCACAUGAGGGUAUGCCGGGCGGCUGAGGCGGAGAGGCGCGCGCAGGCACUUGGCUCGACCCCGUCACUGGUGGAGACCGACACGCAGGAGCGACCGACGCCGCGGGAAUUUGGGGACGAGGCGUGGGCCGGGGUUACGUCUUGGGAAUGGGAAGCAUUUUUCAGUGUGGAGGCGGUUGGAGGGAGGACAGUGCGCCGGAUCCCACAGCGGGCUCGGUCGGGGGUCUUAGACGCGCUCUGUUGCGUCUCAAAGCGUUUGAAGAGCCGGCCGGGGGAUGAAGCCGCUACCCUACUACUCUUGGCUUUUCCGCGCCUCAUCCUAGCCGUGCCUCCCAAGCCAGGCAUAGGACAGAAGGCGCUGAUCAUAGAGCGGUUGGGGGCGUUUUGGGAGGGGAGGUGGCGGGAGCUGUUCGACUCCGCCAUGGUGGCGGCGCGGCCAGCAGUACGCCCACUUGCCUACACUUGCUCUGACCAGGACCCGGAUGCCAUCCGCCUGUCACGGUGCCGAUCUCGGUGUAAAGUGGGAGAGUGGAGCCGCGGAUUGGCUUGCCUUACGGCAGGGGAGUUGGCCCGGCCGUCUGAGGCCAUGGUGCAGUCGCUGCGAGAGAAGCACCCUGCUAGCACUAGCGAGGUACCACAGUGGGUCCGUGAUUUCACCGUCAAUGCUCCUCAGCGGCCUCCACUCACGGCCGACAUCCUGGCCAGAACUAUCCAUACAGCCGCUCGCGCUUCAGCAGCAGGGCCAUCGGGGUGGGUCACGGAGCAUCUGCGCGACACCUUCCUCACUGAACCUUCCUGCCUUUCCCACCUGUUGGAGGUGUUCAACCAAUGGGUGGCGGGACAGGUCCCCGAGCGGGCUCGGCCCUGGCUCGCCGCAUCCAACCUAGUUGGGCUUUCCAAGCCUAACGGCGACGUCCGGCCGGUCGCGAUUGGGGAAGUGCUUCCGCGUAUCCUUGCUCGAGCUCUCUGCAUCUCGCUCCGCCCUGCGAUGGCUUCCUACUUUCUGCUGUGCAACCAGCUGGGAGCGGGCACCAAGGCCGGGGUAGAGAUUCUUACCCAUUCUUUCCGGUCAGCGCUGGCUACUCAUCCCGACUGGUGUGCGCUGCAGAUAGAUGUCGCGAACGCUUUCAAUUCGUUUCACCGUCAUGCGAUGUUUGAGGGGCUGCGGGAGUCGCCUUUCUCAGGGUUGAUCCCAUUCUUACGUGUUUUCUACGGGACACCUAGCGAUCUGUACCUCCGAGCGGGCCCUUUUGUACAGAGCCUUGAGUCGGCACGAGGAUCGCGGCAGGGGGACCCGCUCGGCCCUUUUCUUUUCGCGUUCACGCAGCAGCAGGUGAUGGAGUCGGAUUCUAGAGUGCUGCGGGAGCGGUUGGAAUGGGUGGGGCUGGAGGUGCAGGCGCACAAGUGCCGGUUUUGGGAGCGCGAGGGCGGGGAUGUGGAGCUGGCAUUGCCAUUGGGGAUGCAGCGGGUGGAGGAGGGUCUCACUGUGGUGGGUGUGCCUAUUGGGGAGGAGGGUUGGGAGGUGACCCGGUUACGGGAGCGGCUUAGACAGUUGCAGGCGCCAUUGCCAUGGCUCCCCCUGCUCGACCACCCCCAGAUGGCUUCACAUCUCCUCGCCAUUGCAGUUUCAGCACGGCCGAUGUACCUGGCCCGGACUAUGCCGCCGCGUCCGGAGGUGGUGGAGGCCUUCAGGGAUUGGGAUAGCUGUCUGGAGGAUUGCUUUGAGCAGCUUUUCCCACCUGGCACUUGGGAGCAUGACCCCGACCGGUCUAGGCGCGCGCGCAUGCAGCUGCAUCUCCCUGUGCGACUCGGAGGGUUUGGGAUCCGGGCAGCAGCCUCUUUGAGUCCGCUGUCCUAUGUUUGUGGAUGGGCACAGGCCGCGCGUGAUAUUGCACAGUUGGGGGUGGCGGGCGAGGAGGCGAUGUUUGCAGAGUACCUCACCACUUCGGCAGGGGCGGAGUUUCUUGACCCGUGGUUUGCCAAGGCUCUUGAGCAGCUGCCUGCGACUAUACGCCAGGAGAUGCCGGGCUUACCUCUGUGCGUAGCGGCCCCUCCUCUUCGGCUUUUCCAGGCGCGGCAGCGGUUGUUGGCGGUAGAGGAGCUCCAGACACUGCGUCGCUCGGCUCGUGACGAUGCCACCCUGGCCCGUUUCACAUCCCUUCAGGGCCCGGGGGCUGGUGCAUGGGUUUCGGCGGUUCCGGCUCACUCAGAUCUCACAUUCACUGCGGCGGAGUGGGGCAUUGCUGCUGCUGCUAUACGGCUCGGGCUCCCAAUUCAGCAGCUGCAGGUGGCGGGGAGGUGUGUUUGUGGCACAGCAUAUGUUGACUCAGCAGACCCGCAUCAUGCCCUGAGAUGCAAGCACCAGCAUGGUCCAUCUCGGGUACAUGAUGAGGUGAAGUUUGCGGUGGCGAAGAUCUCUAAGGCGUCUGGGGGGGUGGUGACAAUGGAGGAUAGUGUGGUGCUGCAGGGGAAGCGGGUUGAUCUGGCGGUGCGACGACCAAUGGCUGGAGAGGCUCACGCCCUGGAGAUCAGCGUCGCGGACCCGCUAUCGCUGUCUCCAUCUUUGCUAGGACAGUGCGGGCGUCAAAUAGGCGUGGCGGCAAGAGAAUGGGAGCGUCGUAAAACGAGCGAUUACGCGCCUCUGCUUGCACGCAACCGGGGCGUGCAGUUCACUCCUCUGAUAGUGGAGACGUGGGGGUGUCUCGGCGGUCGCUUUCGGAGGUGGCUUCGUCAGCAGGGAGAUGCGCACGUGGGGCUAGCUGUGUCGCGGGGGGCUUGUCGGGAGGACGACACUGUGUUUUCGGCUUAUCUUCUAGGGUCACUGAAGGCGCUCAUCGGGGUGGCGUUGCAACGUGCGCAAGCCCGUGUCAUCCUGCUUCGAGCGGCGUCUUCUAUGGGGGGGAUUAACGUUGACUUGGUGGACCGGGAGUGGGACGAUGGCGAUGCGGAAGGCGGGGCUCUCUGGGUGGAGGCCCCGUACAUGGUGGAUUCGCUGUUGUGA